CACGCCGUCUGAAACCUCGAAUCAACCUCACAACAGUCGUUGCAUGCCCUUGUAGCAUCCCUGUCGGUCUGCCAGAAGACUCCGUAAAGCGACUAUACAAUUGAAUCCAUACAAAUUCUCAGCCUUGACCCAAGCUUAUACCCCCCUGGUCAUGCCGUACAGCAGGUUCGCCAUAUUCUCGAGCCUCGUGCUCUUCAUAAUCUGCGUGUGCACUCCUGCAGCCUGGCCUUUAAUCGACCAAAUGCCUCUUGGCGGCUCUGAAUUAGAGCAGUGGAUCCCUGCAUUUGACAAUCCGACAUUCUUAGCCAGAAAUAGCACAGACAAUGACUUCGUCAAACAGUUCCGCAACCCAAAGGGGAUUGUGGCUGUGCUGCUCUUGGUGGGUGCAGAUGUGGUGCAGAGAGCAAUUGCACAGUCUGCUUCCCGGUCAGAAGCGCACGAUGUAUGGUCACUGUCCUGGCUCACUCCUGCAGUAUUCAGCUUCGGAUGGGUGUCUUAUGCCGUGAACUCAGUUGCCACCGCCUUAGUUACAACAAACUCGGGCGAUGUACGGCAGAAUCAAUCAUGGGUGAUCGGCCGACUAAUACGGGAUCUGGAAUUGCAAGUUGAGCGUGAGGUAAGCGAAACAAAGUUGGAAUCAGGACUCAUCGCCACAGUCUACAAGGCCUUGCCCAAUGUCCAACAUGCAAGAUACGGCAUGAUGAAGCCGGAUAGGACCACUGUGUGGAUAGCAUUCUGGGUAACAGUCGCUUUGCAGGUCGUUGUGGCUGCUGCUCCUUACUAUUAUGAGAAGGGGACAAAGAGUUGGGCUGUCCUAGCUGUGACGGGGGCCGGUAAUAUUUUGGCAGUUCUUACAGCCUCCGUUCCUAGGAACAAGUAUCCAGCGCGAAGCAACUCCAAAUCAAUCUACGCGAUCACGCGAGGAAAUGGAUACAGACAUGUCUUCAUUAUCUUGCCUGAUACGCUGAGAAAGGUGGAUGGAGUUCCUGAAUCCUCCCUGCCACACUUGCAAGAUAUGGCGAGUGCAAUUGACCGUGCAAACCUUCCAACUCGAGGCCUCAUCUGUCUUUUAGCGCUAGCCUGGGCGGUUCUUCUACUGGCCGUUGCGGGCUUAACAGACGAUACGUGGUUUCUUUUACUGGUUGGACUUAUGGGGAUGGGAAACAACAUUUACAUAUCCAGUCGAGACUGCACCCCCAUAGAGCAUGGGAUCCCCAUCGAGAAAUUCCAGCUGGACGGCGAACCCAAUCCUAUAGGACUGCGCCGUCCCGAAGAUGCAAGACCUGGAGUCAUGGAGAAUCUGUUCAAAAUAGAGAAGAAAUACCCGGGCGCGGGCCAGUCUUUGCUCAAGCUAUUCUUCCCUGACCGCCUUACCGACGCGGAGAAGGACAAGUGGGCUGGGGGUGAAUACAGCCUGGUCUCCAUGGACAGCCGGCUCAAAGACUGA